UCCAGCUCUUCCUUCCUGUUCCUGCGCAAUUUAUUAGCUGGUGCUUCAUGAUGGCUAAUUUUUUCAUCAUAAUGGUAAUUUAUGAUUUUGUGAUAAAUUGUCACGGCGCAUUAAAUAUAACAGAAGUGUACUUUUGCAUACCACAAGAGGGAGCCGGCAUUCCCCUGGUGGUUGUAGUCAGGUCCCGAAGCUCCUCAACGGCCUCACUGUCCAGAUAUUAAAAUCGUGAAGGUGACUGCCGGGUUGCUGCAGAAACGCGCUGGCAAAGCAGCGGCAUGGCCGUGACUCAGCACGUCUAUGUGUGUGUGUAUGUGUGUGUGUGGAGGGAGGCCAGCUUGUGGCUUGGACCUUACUUGACAUUCCGAUCAUGGAAAGUACGAACAGUACUUGUGUGAGCUAAUUAUAAAAAAACAUGUGGGUCAUAGCUGACGCUUGUCGUAUUCCACUUAAGAAUCAGGUUCAAAAAAAUGAGGACACCUCUGUGAUGCUUUUGGUGCUUUUCGACGGGUUUGUUUUUAUUCAACGUGGCCAAAAAAUGUCACGGCGGCACUGCUAAUCCUCUUAGUGAUGCAACGUGUCACGUGUUGAAUGUUACUGUUUCAUGCUAGCACGGAGGCUGUCAACGUAGCGAUCGGCUCCAGCGUGUGGAUGGUUAACAAGCGAGAGAGCAGCAACAAGGAAGUGGAAAAGGAGGAGGAGGAGGAGAGUCGUGUGAGUGAGCAAGAGGGAGGGAGGGUUGCUUUCUAUGUGAGAAAGUGACAGAGGAGGAGGAGAGAGCGAGAAUGGAAGCUGCAGCGGCAGCCGGGAGAUAAAAAAGCUUUUCCUCUGCUGACGAGCGAGCGAGCGAGGGAGGGAGGGAGAAAGCAGGCAGACGUCGUGAACCGGGCGAGGGGGAGGCCGAGAAGCUGUGACACCGUCGCUCGUCUCGAGGAGGAGACGCCCUGUCAACCGAGUUGCUGAACAUCAGACCUUAGCGUCAACUGAUGAUCUCAGGAGCAAGGGGGGGGAUCUGCUAGCGGAGCUAAAGCUCCCCUCCGUGGGGGCAAGGACCGAUCGAGGCUGGUGGUCCUUGCGCAAACUCUGGAUUUGUUGUGCCGUCCGUCGCACUGCGCCACCUGAUGGAGGCUCGAGCUGGCACGCUGACAAAAGCUUUACGGCCGGCUGGCAUCAAUGAAUGAAACUCCUCGACGUGGCUGACGUCAGUCUCGAGAUCGAAGAAGAAGUCGGCCACGCUCACUCGUUCCUCCUCAGCUGGCGUCGACCGGGAAACAACGUGCAAGCAGAAAGGAUUUCCACAUGAUGCCAUGCCUGCCGGGAAUUAGUCGGCGCUAUGUUUUGAAGUCUGCAAGACCAGCAGCUCACGCCGACGCCAACCGGCCAGCAAUCUGCGAGACGAUUGGCCGAGCCCGGCAGCAUCCCGUCUUUGCAUUGGUCGGCCACGCUCGGUGUGUUUCCCUCGCAACCAAUCGGGACGCCGCGCACGGCUCGGAAAGCGCAGCUUUCAUUCACUACACGGAACAUCCACCGCAUCUCCUUUUAACACCUCCUCCGGAUCGGAACCCCACCGGGGAUGACCUGUCACUCACUCAAAGCCACGCGGAUUUUCCUGCUUCUGGUGUGCCCCCGCGUCCUUGAACGCUCACAGAAGUCUUCCGGAUAUUAAAAAAAAAAAAAAAAAUAGGGCAGGUGCUAUGUGUGUGCUGAUUCUCUGACUGCGGCUUGAGAGUGCAGGCACUCUCACAAGAUGACCACGUAAGAUGCGGCAGGGUGGGGGUGAAGCGGCCACUGAAUCAUUUAUCGGCUGAGGAAGGUUCCAUCUCGGAGCGCGCAUCCAUAUUGUUUGUCAGCUCCUAUAUGCUUUCCCAUUCGGGACUCAAGACGAGAAGAUGGGGAACUCCAUGGGUUGCGUCAGGCCUCCGCCAGACUCUGAACUUGUCGGAGAGCCUCCGCUGUCAUCCAAGAAGCGAUUACGUUUCAGGCGGAGGCGCAAGGGACGCAAAAACAGGAAAGUCGAUGUCCAAGAUGCCGUCGAGACGAAGCCUUCUUUUCAAGGAACUUCGGACUCUCCUCUAACGUCGGAACAUUCCAGGAUGCUUUCGCCCGUAUCUGCGUAUUCUCCCACCGUCAACCUUCCCCAAGCUCAGCGUAGUCCAAAACUCAGUCCGGGCUGGAGAGGAAUUUUCUGCCUCCCCGGCGAGGAAGACGCCGCCAGUGCCAUCGUGGACGUCUCCAGCAUCCCCGGCCAAACCGCCGCCACCGCGGUGAGUCCGGCCGGUAGCGCCACCCCGGGAGGGGGGAGGCUCUGCCGCGUUCGAGAGAAAGUCCACGGCGUCCUGGAGAAACCUUCUGUGCUUGAAGAAGAGAAAGCAAACAAGAGGACGCUGCCUGAAAGGAUUCAACGACGGCAAGUCGAGACGAUGCCUUCUUCGGGAGAGCACAACGGCGUGGUCCACAUCCGAGAGGUGGAUGGGAAGCUCUGCGUGGUGCAGACGGUGUACCCCAGCGAUUACGGCUCUCCGGCAUGGAGGGCCCAAAGUGACCGUGAAGUGGAGGUCCACAAAGAGGCUCCUGCUCCUUUCCCGGUUGCAGGACCUAUUCUCAAAGUCCACCUGUCGGAGGACGAAGGAGACACGCAAGAGGAGGCCUUCGACCAAAUAUGGAUGGCGGACAACAUGGCCGCCGCCGAAGGACUUAGCUUAGACACGCCGAGUCGAGCGCAGGAGAGAUACUCUCUCUUGGAGUCGGGCUACGCCAGCGACCUCCCGCUGACCUCGCCAGAAACGGCCGUCACCACUCCCAGCCGGGGGGACUGGCAGAUGUUGCUAAGCGCUAGCUCGGCGGAAAGACUGGACGCGGCGGCGGCGGAGACGGCGCUGCAGCAACGGGCUGCCGCUAGACAACUGCCGCAGGUCAGCCCAGAUCUCAAAAACUGGUUCUUGAAGGAACCAGCAGGAGUUCUCCUCCUAAUUCGGAUUUAUUUAAGCAUUUUUUUUUCAGGCAUGUGAGUGGGCGACUGUUGGUGCCUCCAACAUGUCGCUGUCAUUGGGCUUCUAAUGAUGCCUUGUUAUCAGGCACAGUGGCCUUGUGUUUCCUGCCUCUGUCCCAAGAGUCUAAUCAAGGCGGCACAGAGCAGCUUGCCUUUUUUUUACUUCCUUGCUCUUUAUUUGCGUUUGGAUUGAAAUGACUGUUAGGAGCCCAUAAAUAUUCAUUCGAAGCUUCUCUGCCGCCAUCAGGGCGAUGCAGAAAUGUGCUGCAUAGCUGCCAGGUUGAUGCUAGGUGCACUUUGCUGAGUCACUGCUGUGUCUGCACACAUUUCAAUUCAGUUCUCUUGAUCUGGUGUGGCCUUGGAAUGAUGAUGAGGGUGAAAUGAAAUUGCGUCGGCACGCUAAGCUCAACUCGUUGACUUUGAGAGUCAUGGCCGCCAUGAGCCGUUGGAAUAAUCCAUUUGAGUUGGCUAAAUAGUGAAGUCUGUUCCCAUGGCAACCACACACAGGAUAUUUUACUGAAGGUUCCAGGUUCUAACAAAAUGGUCGGGCUGAUUUUGGGAGG